UCUCUCUCUCUCUCUCUUUCUCCAGAAUCCUGAGAGCUGCGGGAGGAUGGAGAGUGAAUUCACUGAAUUCCUCAAGCCAGCAGUGAACGGCCACGCUGUUCCCGGCUCUCCGGGGACAAACCGCUCGUUCCAGGACGUGACGCCUCUCAAACAGCAAAAAUCACCCGGCAGGGAUGUGCCACAUCUGGAAACGGCCGGCAGCAUCGCAGGCGUCUUCGUGGAGGCCUCCAAGAAAAUCAUGAGCUUUUAUGAGGCCACCAGGGAGCACCUGCUGAGCCUGGAUUUGGCUCUGCACCUCCUGGAGGCUCAGGCAGCCCUGGGAUUUAUUUCUGACCCCGUGAGGAGCUGUCGGGUCRCGGUGGCAGAAGCCGUGCGCGCGGGGCUGGUGGGGCUGGAGCUGAAGGAGAGGCUGCUGUCGGCAGAAAGAGCCGCCACGGGUUUUGUGGAUCCCUACACCGAGGAGAAAAUCCCGCUCUACCAGGCYAUCCAGAAGGAGCUGGUGGGAAAGGAGCAGGGAGUCCGCUUGCUCCAAGCYCAGGUGGCCACCGGAGGUGUCAUCGACCCGGCCACCGGUGGCCGGCUCCCGGUGGACGUGGCUUGUGAGAGGGGAUUUUUGGAUGAGGAGAUGAGCCAGCUCGUCUCUGAUCCCAACAGCGAGGACAGCAAAGUGUUCCUUGAUCCCAGCACCACGGAGAAAAUCGCUUACUCCGAGCUUAGGAAGAGGUGCGUGGUGGAUCCAGCCUCGGGCUUCCUCCUGUUGCCGCUGCAAAUCACAUUCCCGGGGCUGCGAGGGAGGGUGAGCAGCAGGGACCUGAUGGACUCGGGAAUCAUCAGCGCUGACGUCUUCCGAGGCCUCGAGGAGGGGAAAAUCUCUGCCCAGGAGGUGGCGGAGAAUGAAAUCGUUCAGCAUUUCCUGCGCGGGACCAGGAGCGUGGCCGGCGUGGUUUUGCCUUCCGGGGAGCGGAAAAGCCUUUACCAGGCGCUGAGGGAGCAUCUCCUGGUGCCUGGAGCUGCUCUGAUGCUCCUGCAAGUCCAGGCCUCCACCGGCAGCCUGACAGACCCCCAAAAAAAUAAAAACUACUCSGUGGAUGAGGCUGUGAGGGUCGGGCUGAUCGGCCCGGAGCUUUAUGAAAAACUGUCUUCGSCUGAGAAAGCCAUCACUGGAUAUAAGGAUCCAUCCACCGGGGAAAUGCUGUCUCUGUUCCAAGCCAUCAGGAAGGGUUUUGUCCCCAGGGAUCACGGGCUUUGCCUUCUGGAGGCUCAGGUGGCCACGGGGGGUGUGAUCGUCCCGGGACGUCACCUCCGUGUCCCCACGGAGACCGCCUGCGAGUGGGGACACCUGGAUGAGGCCACCAGGCAGCUCCUCCUCAGCCCUCCCGAUGAGGUGAAGGGUUUUUUUGACCCCGGCUCCGAGGAGAAGCUGAGCUACGCGGAGCUGCUCCGGCGCUGCGUCACCGAUCCGCGCACGGGGCUGCUGCUGCUGCCGCUCGGAGGGGACGGCGUCAAAUCCMAAAAAACGCUCCCCUUCCUCGACCACAGCACGCAGAACGCUCUGGAAAACACAAAAGUCCCCAUUUCUGCGGGGAAAUUCAAGGGAAAAUCRGUGUCUCUGUGGAAACUUCUCUUCUCCGAUUACAUCGAGGGUGAGCAAAGAGCCGCCCUGGCUCGGCGGUUCCUGGAGGGAACGCUCUCCCUGCAAGGGUUGGGAGAGGCCAUCAGAGCCGCCGUYGAGGAAAAAGCUGCCACUGCCAAUGUCACCUUCAAGGGUCUGAGGGACCAGGUGACGGCUGACCAGCUCCUGAGCUCGGAAAUUAUCAACAAAGACCUUUUUAAGAAGCUCAAGGAGGGAGAGACGUCGGCCAAAGAGGUGGUCAGCAUGGACACGGUCAGGAAGUACCUGCAGGGCACGGGAAGCAUCGGGGGGCUGCUGCUCCCUGAUUCUCAGGAGAAAAUCAGCAUCUACCAGGCAAAGCGGAAAGGACUCCUGAGGCCGGGAACGUCUCUGAUCCUCCUGGAGGCUCAGGCAGCCACCGGGUUCGUCAUUGACCCCGCCGCCAACAAGAGAUAUUCCGUGGACGAGGCUUUGCGGGCAAACGUCAUCGGUCCCGAUGUUUACGACAAGCUGCUGGCKGCGGAGAAAUGCGUCACCGGCUACMGGGAUCCUUACACGGGGGAUAAAAUCUCCYUGUUCCAGGCCAUGCAGAAGGAGCUGAUCGUCMGGGAYCACGGCAUCCGCCUGCUCGAGGCACAAAUCGCCACCGGCGGCAUCAUCGACCCCGUCAACAGCCACCGCAUCCCCGUGGAGGUGGCUUACAAGCGCGGCUACUUCGACAAGAAGAUGAAUUUAAUCCUGUCGGACCCCGGCGAYGACACCAAGGGCUUCUUCGACCCCAACACCCACGAGAACCUGACGUACCUGCAGCUGAAGGAGAAAUGCAUCACGGAGCCGUCCACGGGGCUCUGCCUCCUCCCUCUCAACAGCAAGAAGCGUCAGUUCGUCGAYGAAUCCACCAGAGAGGUGUUCAGGAGCUCCUGGCUGCCCGUCAGGUUUGGGCGCUUACGGGGUGAAAAAGUCUCUUUUUGGGAUCUGCUCAACUCKGAGUAUUUCAGCGAAGGGAGGCGCCGGGAGAUUUUCAACCAUUUCCAGCUGAGGAAGCUCAGCCUGGAGCAAAUCCGGCUCAUGUUGGAGGAGGAGAUGAAGAAAUGGGCUCCCAUCAAGUUCCCGGCCAUGAGAGGCAGCGUCAGCGCUUACCACUUGAUGGAAACGGGCGUCAUCGACCGGGAAAUGUUUGAGAAGGUGCUGGAGGGAUCCGUCAGCCCCGAGCAGGUCCUGCACAUGGACUCGGUCAGGAAAUACCUCUACGGCUCGGGCAGCAUCGGGGGCAUCGUGCUGCAGCCGUCCAACCAGAGGAUGAGCAUUUACGAGGCCAUGAAGCAGAAUAUYGUGGUGCCAGGAGUUGCUUUACCCUUGCUGGAGGCUCAGGCUGCCACGGGUUUCAUCAUYGACCCCGUCAAGAACCAGAAGCUGCGCGUGGACGAGGCGGUCAAGGAGGGGGUCAUCGGGCCGGACGUCCACGAGAAGCUGCAGCAGGCAGAAGGGGCCGUGACCGGGUACAAAGACCCUUUCACGGGCAAGAAGAUCCCCCUUUUCCAGGCCAUGAAGAAGGGGCUGAUCGCCGACAAGCAGGCCAUGCAGCUCAUGGAGGUGCAGGUGGCCACGGGAGGCAUCAUCGACCCGGCGUGCGGCCACUACAUCCCCCUCGAGUCGGCCCAGCGGAGAGGGUGCCUGGAUGAGGACACCAGCAAAGCCCUUUCCGAGCCCAGCGAUGACCACAGAGCCUUCUGCCUCCCGGAUAGCAAAGAGAGCGUCACCUACGCCGAGCUCAUCCAGCGCUGCCAGAAGGACGACGUCUCCGGCUUCCACUUGCUGCCUCUGGCUCAAACAGCAGCUCCCGCCUACACCGACGAGCAAAUCCAGCGGAUUUUCAAGGAAACCGCGGUGAAGGAAAGAGGAGUCUCCCUCUGGGAGCUGAUGCACUCGGGGUAUUUCACCGAGGAGCAGAGGAGCGACUUGACGGAGAAAUUCCGCUCGSAGGAGCUGUCGCUGGAGCAGCUGGUGGCUCUGGUGCUCAGGCUGGUGGGGGAGAUGGAGAUGAAAGCCAAGACCCAGAUCUCCCUGCAAGGCCUGAGGGGCAGCGUCCCCGUGGUCUGGCUGCUGGACACGGGCAUCAUUUCUGAGAGGACGUUUGAAGAGCUGGCCCGGGGCGUAAAAACUCCCGAAGAAGUGGCUGCGAUGGAGAGCGUGAAGAAUUACUUGCAGGGCACRGGCAGCAUCGCCGGCGUCUUCAUCGAGGCCACCAAACAGAAGAUGAGCUUCUACGAGGCCAUGAAGAACAAUCUCCUCCUCCCCGGGGUUGCCGUGAGGCUKCUGGAGGCUCAGGCAGCCACGGGAUACCUGACAGACCCCGCGACGAACCGGAGGCUGGGCGUGAAGGACGCCGUGAGAGCGGCUGUUGUCGGGGAAGAGCUGACGGAGAAGCUGCUCCUGGCCGAGAGGGCUGUGACGGGCUACACCGACCCUUACACCGGGAGCUCCAUCUCCCUGUGCCAAGCGCUCAGGAAGGAGCUCGUCCCCCUGACGGAGGCCGUGCCUUUGCUGGAGGCUCAGCUGGCCACAGGAGGGGUCAUCGAUCCCGUCCACCACCUCCACCUGCCGCUCCAGGCCGCCUGCAGGUACGGCUUCUACGACGAGGAGCUGAACCAAACCCUCUCUCGGCUGGAUGACAACACCAAGAUCUUUUUCGACCCGAACACCAAGGAGAACGUGACCUACGAGCAGCUGAAGGAGCGGUGCAUUCGCGAGGCCGAGUCGGGGAUGUGGCUCCUCCCUCUGUCGGAAAACGCGAUGUUCUGCGUGGAUGAGCAGACCAUGAAGGUGCUGAAGUCUGUGACGGUUUGYGUCAACGUGGGGCGGUUCAAAGGGCAGACCGUGUCCGUCUGGGACCUCCUCAACUCCGAGUACUUCUCGGACAGCAAGAGAAGGGAGCUGGUGCAAAAGUACAAAGAGGAGAAGACCGAAGUGCUGCAGGAAAUCACGACGAUUAUCACCGCCAUCAUCCAAGAGACCGAGGCGCAAGGCAAGAAAUUCGCGUUCAAAGGCCUGAGGAAAAGAGUGUCCGCCAGUGACCUCUUCCAGUCCCAGCUCAUAGACAAAAAAACCCUCGAUGAGCUCCACCAGGGCAAGAAAACGGUCAARGAAGUGACUGAAAUGGAGUCUGUGCGCAGGUACCUGGAGGGGACAAAUUUCAUAGCGGGGGUUCUGAUACAGCCGAGCAAUGAGAAGAUGAGCAUCUACCAGGCCAUGUGGAAAGGAAUCCUGAGGCCAGGGACCGCCCUGGUGCUGCUGGAGGCACAGGCGGCCACCGGCUUCAUCAUCGACCCCGAGAAAAACAAGAAGUUUUCGGUGGAGGAAGCGUUGGAGGCGGGGCUGAUCGGAGGGGAGAUUUAUGAGAAGCUGCUGUGCGCCGAGAGAGCCGUGACGGGCUACACCGAUCCCUACACCAAAGAAAAAAUGUCGCUGUUCGAGGCCAUGAACCAAGGGCUGAUUGUGAAGAGCCACGGCAUCCGCCUGCUCGAGGCGCAGAUCGCCACCGGUGGAAUCAUCGACCCCGUGCACAGCCACCGUGUCCCCGUGGAGGUGGCUUACAAACGCGGUUAUUUCAACCAGGACAUGAACCAAAUCCUCUCCGACCCCAGCGAUGACACCAAAGGCUUUUUCGACCCCAACACCCACGAAAACCUGACCUACAUGCAGCUCCUGGAGAGGUGUGUCCAGGACCCAGAAACGGGGCUGUACAUGCUGCAAGUUGUAAAAGAAGGAGGGAAAUAUUUCUACAUCGAUGAGUCCACAAAACAGGCUUUGCGCUCAAAGCUGCUCCAGGUGAAAGUUGGGAAGUUUAAGGACCAAACGGUUUCCAUCUGGGAAAUCCUCUGCUCGCACUACGUCUCGGAGCAGAAAAGGAAAGAGCUGGCGAUGCAGUACAAAAGCAAAACCCUAACGGUGGAAGACCUGAUAUCCCUCAUCUUAAAAAUCAUCGAGGACACCGAGCGAAGAGGAGAAGCUCUCAAGGUCAAAGGGCUGCGGGGGGAGGUGUCGGUGUCGGAGCUGUUCAACUCGGAGAUAAUCGACAAGAAAACUCUGGAUCAGCUGCAGGAUGGGACUCUGACGCUCGCCAGCCUCAUGAAGAGGGAAACCAUCCAAAGGUACCUGGAGGGCACYGGGUGCAUCGCCGGGGUUUUCCUCCCGUCGAGGAAGGAGAAGAUGAGCGUGUACCAGGCGCUGAAAAAGGGAUUCCUCACCGAGCAAUGCGCGCUGGGGCUGUUGGAGGCACAAGCGGCCACCGGAUUCCUGAUUGACCCACAGAACAACCAAAAAUUCUCCGUGGAUGAUGCGGUGUCGUCCGGGCUGGUGGGCGCCGAGCUGCACGAGCAGCUGUUGUCAGCAGAGAAAGCCGUGACGGGCUACACCCACCCUCAAACGGGAAAUAAAAUAUCCCUCUUCCAGGCUAUAAAACAGAAAAUAGUAGUGAGAGAUCACGGAAUCCGCCUGCUCGAGGCUCAGCUUGCCACUGGUGGCAUUGUGGAUCCCGGGCAUGGCCACCGGCUGCCGGUGGAGGUGGCCUACAAACGCGGCCACCUUGACGAGGACACGUUCCUCCUGCUUUCGGAUCCAGACCACGGCAGCAAAGGAUUUAUAGAUCCCAACACUCGGGAGAAGAUCAGUUACGGCCAGCUCCUGCAGAGGUGCGCCAAGGACGGCGAGAGCGGCUCGUACCUGCUGCAGGUCCURGAAAAGGAAGGGGAUUAUUUCUACAUCGACGAGCAAACGAAAAACGCCCUGGUGUGCACAAAGGUGCAGGUGCCUGUGGGGAAAUACAAGGGGCAGGUGUUAUCGCUGUGGGAACUUCUCUGCUCCGAGUACGUCACGGAGGAGGARAGAAAAGAACUGGUGAAAAAAUACAAAACAGAAUCCCAGCACAUUGUCCAAGGAAUAAUUGAGGCGAUCCUGAAGAUCAUCAGAGAGAAGGAAGAGGACAGGAGCGAUGUCUGGUUUCAGGGAAUCCGCCAGCAAAUAACAGCGUCAGAACUGCUCAGCGCGCAAAUAAUUACAGAGGAAACCAUGGAAAAGCUCCAGGAAGGGAAAGAGACGGCGCAAGAAAUUGCACAAAGAGAGAGUGUGAGGAGAUACCUGGAGGGAACGGGGAGCAUCGCCGGCGUGUUGGUGCCCUCCAAAGCCGASCCYGRRAARAUGGAGAAGAUGAGCAUCUACCAGGCCAUGCRGAAAGGAAUCCUGAGGCAGGGCACGGCCCUGGUGCUGCUGGAGGCACAGGCGGCCACCGGCUUCGUCAUCGACCCCGUCACCAACCAGAAGCUGUCGGUGGACGAGGCGGUGUCGUCCGGGCUGGUGGGAAGCGAACUGCAAAACAAACUUCUGUCGGCCGAGAGAGCCGUGACGGGCUACACCCACCCCUACACCGGGGAAAAAAUAUCCCUGUUCCAGGCCAUGAAGCAGGAGCUGAUCGUCAGGGAUCACGGCAUCCGCCUGCUCGAG